UGCCGCUGAGCUGGAGGGGCCGCGGCGCGGAGGACUGAGCCGGACGGAGGAGGACAGCUGACCGACACAGUGACGCGCCGGAGCCUCGCUCCGGGAUUACCUCUGUCUCCACCGGCGGGUUGUUUUCUCUCGUUCCCCUCCCUAAAAAUAGGCGAUUUACGGUCUGCAGAGCCGCGCGCGCUUCCGCUGAGAGAUGGCAAGGUGAACGGAGAGCUUCAACACCAUUAUCGCACCAACAUCGGGAUUCUCUUCAUCUCCCCUUGAAGAAUGUUUCUAGCAGCCCUCGGUGGAUUACCAGAGUGGAUCACAUUGUCAGUUGUGUGAUUUAUAAUUGAUCACGGAGGACGCAGCUGGACACCGCCCGGACCAGCUUCGAGUCUACGGGACCGGGAUUGCAUCUUCUCUCUAGGUUUUAGCGGGAGAAAAGGGGCCAGAGGGACAGCGUCUGCGCGCUGACGGAUGGAAACCGCGCGCAUUGCCGGAAUAUUGUUUUUUCUGUUUGGUGGUUGGAUUGAAAUGUAUUGUGUUUGUUAAAUAGGCCCAACCUGGACGGAUAGCUGCGCGUUCUGGAGAACAGACUACCCGUUCCAAAGCCCCUCUUCCUCCGAGGAACUGAUGCUCGGAUAAAGGAAAUGUUAUUUGAACUCAAGGACACACUCCGCGCUGGUGUAUAGUUUCUCAUUUGGGUUUCAGAGUACACCGGCACAAUUACUAUUAUCGGGACUUGAGAUGAGCAUCAUCCACCCAUCCUUCUCGUCUGUGGACGUGUACGUGAGGGCUUGUCGUGGGUUUGCACCGUGAGGACCACCGGCACCUGAUUGCCCCCCCCCUUCCUUUUUUGUAUUUAUCUCUCCCCUUCUCUCUCUUUCUUCUGCCCGAAUGCACGCACGUCUGUUCCAGUAAUUCCGCUGCUACUGCCCCCCCCCCCAAACACACACACAGUCCCGACUAUUCAGCCUCCAGAAAACUACCGAGUCUCUCUCUCUCUCUCUCUCUCUCUCUCUCUCUCUCUCUCUCUCUCUCUCUCUCUCUCUGUGUGGAUGGGAAAGGAGUCCCGCGGUAGAGGAGCGCAGGAGUUGGGAUAGGCGGGCACAUUAUCUUCUUUUUUUCUUCCUUUUUCAUCUUUUUUUUCUCAAAAGCCUUGUGAUUUAAAAUUCAUCUGUGAAGCGGACGAAGCGUGAGAGGAGGAAGAAGAAGAAAAACAACAAGAAAAGAAAAGGAAGAAGAAGGGAUUCUGGUGAAAAGGAGGCGAGCCGAUAUAGGAGAUCGAUGAAGGUAUCAGGAAGAUUUUAUCUAGCAACCGGAUGACGGAAAGGAAGGUGUGCUUGUUAGCUUGUCAUUCCGUUGUAACCCCGAGGCCAGUGAUGUGACUGGAAUGGGAAUUCGCCAUUAAAGGACCGACUCCACCUGAGGACUUCCUGCUCUCCCGAGAAGAACUCAGGCCCGACCGCUCUGUUCUCCCCCCAACACACACACCAUUUUCUGAACUACCUGGCCUCAACCUCAUCACGACCUUGUGUUGCGGGAUCUUGGCGGACUUUGACGGACGGCUGGCUGAGCCAAUGACGAACGCCGAGGACCUUUAAGGCGCGUCUGCAGGGUCCUCCGGUCAAGCCCGCGCGGGCGUGCGCACCACGAGCACGUGGACCCGGAUGACCGCCAGCACCGUUUCGUGCCCCGUGAGACGAGGACGGCCCCCUUCCCUGUGAGAGAGAUCAGACAUCACAGCUGGACUUGGCCCUGAUUGGCUCCACUUGGUGGAGAAAUAUUGAAACGCUCCGAAUCAGCAGCAGCAAGGCGGAGCCGCCAUGGACGUCGUCGCCUCCUCGUCGGUCCGCCCGCUCCUCCUCCUCCUCCUCUUCGUCCUCCUGUCCUCCCUGCCCUCCGGCUCCUCCAUGUUGUGUCCGAAGCGGUGCUCCUGCCAGAACCUGCUGCCCUCCUACACCGUGCUGUGUGCCAAGACGGGCCUCCUCUUCGUCCCGUCCAACAUCGACCGCCAGACGGCCGAGCUCCGGCUGAUGGACAACUUCAUCUCGACGCUGAGGCACCGCGACUUCGCCAACAUGUCCAGUCUGAUCCACCUGACCCUGAGCAGAAACACCAUCAGUCAGAUCAGGCCGUACGCCUUCGCUGACCUCCAUGACCUCCACGCCCUCCACCUGGACGCCAACCGCCUCACCUCCCUGGACGACUCCCACUUCCAGGGCCUGGUGAACCUGCGGCACCUCAUCAUGGCCAACAACCAGCUGCAAACCAUAACAGAGGGAGCCUUUCAGGACUUCCUGGAGACUCUAGAGGACUUGGACUUGAGCUACAACAACCUGGUGAACAUCCCCUGGGACACCAUCUCCAUGCUGGUCAGCGUCAACACCCUCAGCCUCGACCAUAACCUCAUAGAGAACGUCCCGGAGGGAAUCUUCUCCAACCUGCACAAACUGGCCAGGCUGGACAUGACGUCCAACAAGCUGAAGAAGAUUCCUCCAGACCCGCUGUUCCUGCGGAUCCCGGUGUACGCCAAGCUGAAGGGCUCCCCGCUCACAGAGCUGGUGUUGAGCUUCGGGGGGAACCCGCUGCACUGUAACUGUGAGCUGGUGUGGCUGCGCAGGCUGACCCGAGAGGACGACCUGGAGACCUGCGCUUCCCCUCGAGAGCUGGCCGGCAAAUACUUCUGGACGAUCAGAGAGGAGGAGUUUAUUUGCGAGCCACCGAUUAUAACUCGCCACACCUCCAAGAUGUUCGUGAUGGAGGGUCAGGAGGUCAGCCUGCGCUGCAAGUCCAUCGGAGAUCCUGAGCCGUCCACGCAUUGGGUCAGCCCUGAGGGAAAGCUGAUCGGCAAUACGUCCAGAACCGUCUGCUACGAGAACGGCUCGCUGGACAUCCUCAAGGCCUCGGUCAAGGAUUCUGGAAAGUUCACGUGUAUCGCAUCCAAUGCAGCGGGGGAGGCCACAGCCCCGGUUGAACUGGUCGUCAACCCCUCGCCACACUUUGACCCCAAACUGGACCCCGACCCGGGGCCUUCGGACAUCCCCACGUCCAUCAAGUCCAACGCAAGUGGCGGUCAGGCGCGCUCCGAUCAGCAGAGGGUCAGCGUGUCGGAUCUAACGUCCGGCUCUGCCACCAUCAGAUGGCCCCCACAGAACCACAUACCAGGGGUCCGCAUGUACCAGAUCCAGUACAACAGCUCUUCAGAUGACAUCCUCAUAUACAGGAUGAUCCCAGCCGACCACAAGUACUUCCUGCUGAGUGACCUGGCGUCGUCGCGGGACUACGACCUGUGCGUGCUGGCCGUCUACGAUGACGGCAUCACCGCCCUGAGGGGCACCAAGAUGGUGGGCUGCGUGUCCUUCUCCACGGAGAUGGAGUACGGCCGCUGUCACGCGAUACGGGACCAGUUCCUGGGAGGUACCAUGAUCAUCAUCAUCGGGGGGAUCAUCGUCGCCUCGGUCCUCGUCUUCAUCUUCAUCCUCCUGAUGAAGUACAAGCUGCACAGUAACCACUACAAGCAGAAAGCGGCCGCGCGUCACGCCACCGUCUGCUCCCAGACCAACGGAGGGGGCACCAACGUCCUGCCUCCGUCCUCCACCUGUGCAGGGCAGGGCGGAGGUGCUCAUAAAAACUCCCAACCGUCGUCGUCAGCGGAGGGGAUGGGAGCUUCUCUUCGGGGGACGACUGUCGUCGACUUGAAUCCCGCCCACGACGAUGACGCCAUCUCCCAAUAACACACAACAGACUGUCAGUCAAACCCACAACUCAACAAUCUCUGAGCCCAAACCAAUACCACACCUCCCGCCAACCUUCUUUCUUUUUUUUCUCUUUUUUUUGUUGUUGUUGCUGGUGCCUGGAGCCAAACUCCACUUAACGCCCGGCCGGGAGCGACUCCUGUCAUUGGUUGCACGGUCACAUCCUUCUCACGAGCCCCGAUGAUCAGGCGUUGGACCCGGACACGCACACACGCCCCACCCCUGACAUCGCCUCCGAACCGGAUGUGACGUGAACAUCCAGAGGAGGAGCAGCCGCCUUCCCGUCGACAGGAGAGAAGUCUGCUCGCCGUCGGUGAGCGGUCCGGCUCUGGGCUUUGAACCCUAAUCGUGAUCUGACGCUUAACUGGACCUUGAACCCCGGAAACCGAGCAGUCGGGAGCGAACUGGGUCUGGAGUCUCUUCUUCUUUUUUGAAGGAAGUAUCCACUGAUCUGAUGGGGGCGCUUAUGGGUGUCGCGUGGAUUUUUGCCACCUGCGCUUGACCGUUUGAAUCCAUGCCAACUCUGAAUGCUGCUCCGGCAAUACGCUGAACGGAUUACUGGAUUACAAAGAUCCCCUUUCAUGGCUUUUUUCUUUCCAGGAUCUUCUCCAUUGUGGUUUGUCGAUGGUUCGGUGGCGCCGCUCCUCUCUUUCCCCCCAGCAUACAGUCAUAUGCCAAAGGAUUACUACAGUAUUAUGACAGCAUUAUAACAAAUUCAGGAGAAUAUGCAGACUUCAAAACGCACAUCUCUAUUAGCUCAAGUCAGUCAAAGAGAGAAUUCAUGUUGGGCCUUGGAUUGAAAAUACGAGCACAAUGUCAAAAUGUCCUGUCUCAAAGCAUCAAUAAUAAACUGUCAAACUAAA